AUGAAGACAGCAUCGCUAGUUGCACCAACUGAUUUGGGCUAUGGUUCAAACUGUCACAUCGAGGGCCCAACUUCUCAAAUUGAAAGGAAUGAGGAGCCAUAUCUCGAUAAGGACGGCGAUGAUGAUGUCAAGCAACUACAGGACAACGACAUCGAGUCAGUUACCUCUGAUUUGUUCGAUAUACACUCAGAGCAAUCUGAGGAGACCGCUGCAGUGGAGAAUCAGGACAGGGCUCAUUUAGCUAGGGUUCUCGCCGACGAUCAAGAAAUGGGCCCGCUGUGCAGUGCGGCAAUUGCGAAACUAAUCGAACCAGAUGACGACGAAGAUGCGAGCAAUAUGAGGAAUCAGAUCGAGCAGAAGAACAUAAGAGCUGCAUACCUCAAUGACUGGAUGGCCACAGUGCCACACCAUAAAACUGACAUGACAAUCGACCAACAAUCUAGAGAUCAAGAACAUGAUCAUGAAUACUCUUCAAGCGAAGAUGGGGAUUCCGAAAUCGAACGUGAAGAAGCAGAACUUCCUCAUCUCACUGAAAUGGAAAAGUUUUUCCGGAACUCUAGACCAUUCCAAACGUUACUCAACGAGGUUAGAAAGUUGCUUCUUCUUCAAUCAUUGAAGCAUGUCUUUCAGUCGAUUCCCAAGGAUCGAAUUUGGCUUUCAAGGCAGCAAAAUCAGUCUCUUGUUAACCAAACAAAGACGUUUAUUGAGGACUUUACUCAAUUGGAAUGGUGCUGGUGGCCCCUGGGGCGUCGAAUGAAAUUUCUACAGGAAGAUGAAACGCGCCUCUUUUGGCAAUGCUUUUGUGGAGCACGCAUUUGGAAGGAAAUAUCUCUUGAAGAAGCUGAACUUAUCAACGGGAUCCUACCGAACCUAGACAAAAACCCGCCAGGGCCACAUCGAUGCAACGUAAAAAGAGAUUCAAUAUCCUUGGGAAAUUGGUUAGCUCGUAUCAUUCGAAAACCGCCUACGUCAAGUGCGAGUCAGCGAUAUACUCCUCCCAACAACGCUAUAUCGUCGACAACGACCGGCGAAGCACUACAAUCCACCAGUGCCGGUCAAUCUGAUACUGGACAAGACCAGUGCCAGCAGCAAGGGACCGUUUUCGAGGGCCAGCAAUCUACAGGCGCUUCAGUACAUUCUGCCACGACAAGCGAAUCUUCAAAAGGAUUGCACCAGAGUGGAUCAUUAGAGACCGCAAGGACCUACCGAGCGAUCCUGAAUACACAUAUGAUCCUCGGCCACCAAAAGCAACGAACCCCCCAAUAUCUCGCCACGAGUUCUCCAUGCAUCUCAAUGCCUGCGACCAUCCGUGUCGUUGGCCGUUCUGUCAUGAUUGCAUGCCACAUCUAGAUACCUCAAGUGCCAUAGCCUGCAUUCCGAAGAAAAGGAAAAGAUUCGACACGACUUCUAAUAAACCUACAGAUCUUUAUGCCUGGGGUCUGGAGGCGAAGCACGUGAUUUCGGCCGCUUAUGUGGCGGUUUAUCAUGUCAUCAUAUUUCUUCUUCCUUUUGGCUUGUGGGGAU